GGGGGAGCUGCGCGCUCUCGGCCGGUGGCAGCAUCAGGACCAGCAUCCGAUGCGCGUGCCCGCACCGGCAGAGCCUGCCCGGGGAAGAAGAGGAGUUGGAGGAGUUAAAGUUUGCUCCGGGUGGGAGGGAAAAAAAAAAAAAAGAAAAGAUGCGAUGAGAAGAGAAGAGCACGCUGCGGAGAGAUUCUACCCGUCUAAUUAACAUUUCCGAUGCGGGGGAAAGACGCCCGAAAGUGAAGGAUGACUUGCAAAAUAUUGACUUUAUGCCUCUUGUGUUUGGCUGUGCGGCGCUGCUCGUCACAAGAAUGUGUGGAUCCGCUGGUGUCCGGCCUCUAUGCUUCUUCCUUCCUGGCCUCCUCCAGAUAUAACUUCCUGUACUCUGCCAAUUUUGCCAAAUUGUACGGCAGCAGCGGGUGGUCGCCCUCCCCCAGGGAUCGGCAGCCGUGGUUGCAGGUGGACCUGGGCAGGAAGUACCGCCUGAGGGCCAUCGCCACCCAGGGCACCUUCAACUCGUACGACUGGGUCACCAAGUACACCCUCCUAUACGGAGACCGGCCGGACUCUUGGACGCCGUAUAUUAUGAAAGGAGGAAACUCGACUCUGCCCGGGAACUGGAACUACUACCAGGUGAAGAGGAACGUCUUUCAUUACGCCUUUACCGCUAAACACAUUCGCCUGCUGCCUCUGGCGUGGAACACGGAGAACGGAGGGAAGAUCGGUGUGAGGUUGGAGUUGUUUGGAUGCCAUUAUGAUUCCUAUGUGCUGCAAUACAACGGGGACGACUCAGUGGUUUAUAUGUACCCCGGGAAGAGGUCCCGCACCCUCAACGACCACAUUGCCAUAAACUUCAAAACCCUGGAGCAGGAUGGUGUGCUAUUACAUAGUGAUGGAGUUCAGGGAGACCGAUUCACCCUCGAGCUCAAGAGAGGGCGACUCUACCUGCACAUUAGCCUGGGAAGUAGCGUCAUACACAAAACAGACGGUCAGACUACUUUGGUAGCUGGCAGCCUUCUCGACAACCUACACUGGCACUAUGUCACCAUCAAGCGCUCGGGUCGUCAGGUGAACUUCACCGUGGACAGCCAGACGGUGACGGGCAUCUGCAACGGAGAGUUUACUCACCUGGAUCUGGACAAUAAGUUGUAUGUCGGUGGUGUGAUCGAGCCAAAAAUGCCUCAUCUCCCCACCACCCCGAAUUUCCGUGGCUGCCUUGAAAACAUUUUCAUCAAUGACAUCAACAUCAUUUACAAGGCUAAGCGGGAAGAAGAGGACAUCGUCAUACCAAGAAAGAAAAAGAUGCACUUUGCCUGCCGGGAUAUUCUUCUCAAACCGAUGACCUUUGCCGGACCCAACAACUACCUGCAAGUGCCGGGCUUCUUCAGAAAGCCGCGCAUGUUCGUAAAGUUCAAGUUCCGCUCGUGGGACUACACGGGGCUGCUCAUGUUUACACGCUUUGCCGACGACCUGGGCGCCUUGGAGCUCGGCCUGAGUGAGGGCCAGAUCAAUGUCACCAUUUUUCAGCCCGGCAAGAAGAAACUACAAUUUGCCGCAGGUUACAGGCUGAAUGACGGUUACUGGCAUUCAGUGGAUUUGGCAGCCAGAGAUAACCUCCUCACCCUCACAAUUGACGAGGAGGAAGGUUCUCCGCUGAAGAUCACCAACCCCUUCACGAUACGCACUGGGGACCGCUACUUUUUUGGAGGCUGUCCGAAAACCAACAACACCGUCAGGAAAUGUGAAACGAAGCUGAACCGCUUCCACGGUUGCAUGCAGCACAUUUUCAUCGACAACGAACAGCUCGACAUCGACAUUAUCUUGCAACGACAGUGGGGGCGCUACGCUGAGCUCUUGUUGGGAACGUGCGGCAUCACUGACAGAUGCACCCCAAAUCCGUGCGAGCACGAAGGCAGAUGCAUCCAGUCAUGGGACGACUUCAUCUGUCUCUGUGAAAACACGGGUUACAAAGGGGAAGUGUGUCACAUGUCCGUGUAUAAAGAGUCGUGUGAGGCCUACAGACUCAGCGGAAAGUACUGGUCCGGGAACUACACCAUUGAUCCCGAUUUGAGUGGACCGCUAAAGCCAUUUGAAGUAUACUGCAAAAUGAAGUCGUACAAAGCUUGGACUGUGAUCUUGCACGACCGCGUGGACGGCACCAAGGUAACGGGGAGUUCAAUUGACAAGCCGUACAUCGGCAAUGUCAACUACUGGAAUGCAUCUUGGGAUGAAGUCACCGCCCUGGCCAACACCUCCCUGUACUGCGAGCAGUGGGUAGACUACUCUUGCUACAAAUCCCGUUUCCUCAACACUCCCGGCGGAAGACCUUUUGGUUACUGGAUUGGUCGCAAUAACGAAAGUCACUAUUACUGGGGGGGAACGUUCAGAGAGGUCCAAAAGUGUGGCUGCGCAAUCAACCAGACCUGCGUUGACCCUAAGUAUCAAUGCAACUGUGAUGCCGACUACAGACAAUGGUACUCCGAUAAGGGUUACUUGGACUUUAGAGACCAUCUUCCUGUCAGAAGGGUGGUGGUAGGUGACACCAACAGGACUGGCUCAGAAGCACAGUUCACCGUUGGACCUCUCCGCUGCCACGGCGAUAGAAACAUCUGGAACACCAUAUCGUUCACCAAACCUGCCAACAUAACCUUCCCCACCUUCAAGCCAGGCUCCAGCGCUGACAUCUCAUUCCACUUCAAGACAUACAGAUACGACUCAGUCUUCUUGGAAAAUUCGGACGACCACCUGAGAAACUUUAUCCGACUGGAGCUCAACACCACCCAUAAUCUUGUUUUCGUCUUUAUGGUGGGGGAUGGGAUCCAGAAUGUGACGCUCCGCUCCCCCGUGCCACUCAACGAUAAUGAGUGGCACUUUGUCCAGGCUGAGAUUAAUGUGAAAUUGGCUCGGAUCAAGGUUGAUUACCAGCCUUGGACUGUCAAACGUUUCCCAAGUCAGACUUUUGUCACGAUGAACUUCACCAAUCCGCUUGUUGUCGGUUCACGCAACCGCACCCAAAAACCCUUCUUGGGUUGUCUCCGGGGGUUGCGGCUGAACGGUGUUCCUCUGGAUUUGGAAGGGAAAGUCGAUGAAGAAAAAGGUAUACGGAGGAACUGUACCGGCCAGUGUCUCAACGCUACCAUACCUUGCCGGAAUAGCGGGCAAUGUAUUGAGGGCUAUGCCUCCUACACCUGUGACUGCAACAACACUGCAUUCGAUGGGUUCUACUGCCAUAAAGACAUCGGAGCCUACUUUGAGCUUGGCUCCUGGCUGAAGUACAACGUACGGAAGAAACCCAUAUCCGACGAAGCAGCUUGGGCCAACUGGAUUGACCCGCAUUAUGAUAACUUCAGCCUGGGCUACAACGACACGGCAGACGACAUUGAAUUCAGCUUCAGCACCGUCUACACCCCGGCCGUGCUGCUCUACAUCAGCUCCUUCGUCCACGACUACAUUGCCGUCGUACUCAAGACUGACGGCAGCGUAGACCUGAGGUAUAAACUAGGACUCAUCACGCACAAAUACGAGUUGACGCGACGAAACCUGGCUGAUGGAUACCCGCAUUACAUCAACAUUACCAGACACAACAGGACCAUCAAAACACAGGUGGAUUAUAUGGAGCCCAUCGUUGAAAAGAUAACUUUAGUGGAGGACGCAAGAUUUGACUCUCCAAAGUCCAUGUUCAUGGGCAGAGUGAUGGAGGUCGGCGAUAUCGACUACGAAAUCCAGAGGCAUAACGCUCCGGGCUUCAUCGGCUGCAUCUCCGGUGUGAGGUACAAUGUUUACGCACCUCUAAAGGCUCUCUUCCGGCCAAACGAAACGGACCCCCCGGUGACGACCCAUGGUUACGUCUCGGAGUCCAACUGCGGCGCCUUCCCUCCUGUCCUGGGUUACGUCCCGUGGGAGGUGGAUCCCUGGUUUACCACCAUAGAUUAUAUUUACAUCCAUGACGACCUUGGCCUAUUCUGGAUAAUAGUCAUUGUCAUCCUGGCGUUGCUUCUUCUGCUGGCGGGCCUGUACAGCAUUUACGUGUACGCGUACCAGCAGAAGGGCACCUACCGCACCAACGAGCCCAAACACCUGGAGUCGCCCAGCAGCUCCCGGCCGCUCACCGAGACGCUGCGACGGGAAAAGAAGAUCCUCCCCGAAAUAGACGAGGAGUUCAGGAGCGGCUAAGCUAAUAACCCGCACGGUGGGACCAACGGGAGAGUGACUUUGGGAAGGACUUACGGGAAAUAAGUUACAUGACUUCGCAUCGAUUCUUUUGCUUAUAUUGGCGGUUCCUCUGAGGCAAUUACUUUUGGGUUUAGCUAAUAUUACUAUCUAUGGGCCAAAAACUGGACAAGUCAAAGAGAUCUACAUAACAACGCCAGCUUGAUAACUAGUCCGGAUGGCUAUGACCGGAGAAGUGGUCUGAGGAUACCUCGUCACUUACUCUAACCCCCAAAAUAGAGAUAUUAAUUUGUCUGGAAUUCAUUUUGGUGGGUCGAAGUACCUGUUACUAGAAAACCGCAACAAAGUUGGUCCCUACGGCGUAUACGCUUGACAAGCGAACAGAAAUAAUUUACGAUCAUCUGAAUUGAUCCGGGAAAAGCAGAACAGUGAGGACACUGUUCUGAGGACUGUGGUUAAAAUCGAGGCCCCACCUGCGUGGAUUUUCUCCGGGCACUCCGGUUUCCUCCCACAUCCCAAAAAACAUGCAGUCAUUGAAGACUCUAAAUUGCCCCUAGGUGUGAUUGUCAGUGCGGCUGAUGUGUCCUGCGAUUGCCUGGCAACCGGUUCAGGGUGUACCCCGCCUCCUGCCCCAUGACAGCUGGGAUACGGUCCAGGACUCCUGCAACCCUUGUGAGGAUACGCGGCUCAGAUAAUGGAUGGAUGAUCUAGGAAAGGCAAUUGGCCGACCAAAACUUUGUGAGUUCUACGUAGCGGAGAAGAAGUCAAGGAAAAUGAGGAAGGAGUCCAAGCUCAUCUCAUAAAAUAUAUGAUUUAAUCCAUCAUAUCAUAUACUGUAUAUACCAAAUCAAGUCCGUUAACUACCAUGCAGGACUCUUGGGUGAAAGUAUCAGAGUAACUUCAACCCACAAGCAAUAACCUCAGAGGAAGAAAGCCAAAUUACCACCAGAGUCACCUGGCUUAGGUUUUCCAAUUCCUUCAUCGCUUAUUUUGUCGUUAAACAUUUUUUUUCAGCCCCGACUGGGUGAGCCGCAACGCCUGGUGCUGUACAAAGUUUGUAUUUUGUGAAUUUUAAGACCGACCUGGAGGGUGAAAUAAUGAAGUGCCUCAUCUGAGCGAGCCCCCAUGCCAAUAAUGCCCCCACCCCCAACCCCAAACUUCCAGUAACCACAAAAGCUUCAUCAGAAGUCGUUCGGAUCCUGCCGAUAACCCACCGUACGGACCGUGUCAAAACCCGCACCUUCGGUCGACAAUCUGAUGACAUCACCACUCGAAAUGCGUCCGCGCCCCCCGCCCCCCCCCAAAAAAAAAAAAAACGCAGCGUGUUCAUAAAAAUAAGACGACCCGAGUGACACGUUGUCGGAAAAAGCAAAACUAUAACGAUUGCAAGCGGUGCUGAGGUUUGUAUUGUGUAUUCUACGCGUAAAAGCUACAGUUAAACAGUGCAUUAACUAUACAGAAUGAGAUGUAAACGCAGUUCAGAGAGGCCGUACUGUACAGUAUUAGUAGUAGAUUGCAGUACCGCGGUUAUUUAGCGCGGGGCUUCAGAGGAUCGUGAUGAUGAUUUAUUCUGAGAUAUUCCAUACAGGUUACAUCUGUAUUGCUCGUUCGCUUUUGUCCGAAAAAAAAAACCCCCCAACAACGAUCAGGUGGAGACGCUAACAAAUAAACAUACACACAAACACACACACUCUAGGGUGCUUUCACACGUGCAAUUUGGUUUAAAAAUUCACUUGGCGUUUUUGUGAAAUGUGUCCAUUUCUUCUUUCUCCAAUGGAAAGGCUGCAUACUUGAACACGGUAAAAAUAAAAAAUACCCAAAGAAAAACAGUUUUUGACAAUCUAUCGGUUAAAAUUGGACGGCACCAGAUCGAAUCCAUCCAUCCCGACUUCGUAGCGUGUGAAAGCGCCCUGAAUCACAAAGUACAUGCGCAGAGGACCAUGAUGGUGUAAAAUGCCGAAUUUUCCCGUUCAAUUCACACACAUUUGCCGGGUAGAUUUACGCGCCACGUCGUAGCUCGGUAGGUAGCGGGAAAGCCGACCAGCGUCAUUAUCGCUCUUCGCUAGCGGCUAAUAUGAAUGUGAAAAGACGCACGUAGCCAAGCAUGAACACGCGACAUGUUUCUUAGUUAUAGUUCAGCCUGCAGGUGCACAACAGCGAGGCGUCGAAAGCAACUUUUUGAAUGUGACGACGUACUGCUUUGCUCAGGACAAAGGAUGCGAACAUGACAGGGAGUCCGUAGGAUUUAAGACGGUCUAGACCUAAGACGUUUCGACUUUACAACACCCGUGCCCCGUCCGCCAUUUUGCCUGGCUAAUGCUUGUCCGCGCCGGGAGUAUCUUUACAUUAUCGCGCCAAAGAAGAAAGCUGUGUCUUUUAGCAAUGCUUCUGCAGCCAAAAGAAACAAACCAUGACCAUGGAAACAAAUCUCAAGAUCAUAAAAAGAUUGGAGAAAGGAGAGACGUUCGGUCCGAUCGGCCGAAUUAUUAAAGACAAACCCUGUUUUUUAGCGCUUGUGAAGAACGGUUCCGUUCCUACGUUGGAUACAAUGAUCACAAAACAAGGUUCUCUGAUACUUGUCGAGAUGGAGAGGAUUGAGGACCAGGUUCCGCUUCUUCUUCUCCAUCCACCUCUCAGCAGUCAUGCUAACUAAGUACGUCAUCUUGUUUAUUUCAAUGUCUUUGUUUUUUAUACAAAGUAUUUUGAUGUAAAUUCCGACUUUAACGGCGGAAUCCGACUUAAUUCGAAAUCCGAGUUAAGUCGCUACUCUAGGAACGGAUCUCAGUCUUAGACCGAGGACUCCCUGUACUCGCUCCUUUUAGCUGCAACAAGCCGCCAACGCGGACAUGUUGGUUGGGUUGUGCAACGACGAGAUAUCGCUAAUGUAUGCAAAUGUACAGAGAGCAAUUAAAGGCGCUAUUUUUAAGAGUGCGCCAGAAAACGUGAAUGUAAACGACAGGGUUGCUAGUACGCGGGAGUGUGUAUGUUAGCAUUACAAGUCGCUCUAUUAGUCAGUGACUAGCUCCUCAACGUAGUGGCGUCAUCUCACUCACCAUACGUGGUCCCCCAAGUGUGUUUGUGUGUGCAUGUGUAUGGUUGUGUGUGUGUGUGUGUUCACUAUUUGCCCACCAAGAGACGACAAUAAACAAGCGGACCUGUGCACUGAUGCCAACAACUCACGACUGUAUGUAGUGCACCGGUACCGGUAAAGUAACAAGUGGCGUCUUGAGAUACGAGUUUGAUUCGUUUGCUCGUAAAUCGAGUCAUACAAUCGUGCUCAGUGGCAGCAUAUAUUGCAGUGAUUUUUUUUUUAAUGAUCAUAACCCCAAAAAAAGAGAUUAUUUUCGCCUCACAAAAAUUAAAUGAGCAUACAAAACAAAUUUAAUGUAAUAAAUUUAUUUUAUUAUGAUUUAUAUAUAUGCUACAAUUUGGAAUAAUAUUUUUCUAACACGCAAGAGUGUUUACAGCUACUAAGAUAUCGAACACUGUUGAAAAUAUUGGUUGAGGGUGAAUGUGUAAUUUGAAAAUUUGUAAUUUUAAAUAAUUUUAAUUACAAAAAUAAUCCAAAAAUAAAAUAAUAAAAAAACAAUAUAUUAUUAUAUAGAAUAUUAUAUUUUAUAUACUUAUAUUAAUAUUAAUAUAUAAUAAUUAAAAAAUAAAAUAAUGUUAAUAAAUUCACUGAAAAAAAUUGUGCUAAUCUUUUCCUGAAUAUGUAUUAGUCUAUGGGUGAAUGAGAGGCAUUAAAUUUGUGCAGGUUGUCGCAUUCUGACGUUCAGCCCGUUUACUUGCAUUACUUUACCGAGACAGAUCCGCCACAUCCAAUAUGGCGUACACACGGCUGAGCGACAAGCCGGUCAUGAGUAAAUUCUGUAUAAGUCUAUGGUAAAAUUGCGAUCUCCCUUUUUUUUGGGUAACGAUAUCGUUUCCAUACACGAGUCUCCAUAUUAUCUUUAUUGUUUUGUGUCUCACUUAAGUGGAUAGCUGACGUUAAGUUUAGUACAUUUUUGUUCAAAUAUUAGCGAGCUAAACUGUGAAUUGAAGCUAUCUUACCUGCGUCUGAGCAAUUAAGCCACUUCUCGUUCACGUGGUGUCUUUAAUCUUGGAGUUGCAAACCGCGCAUGUUGCUCUUUUCUUUCCCCUGACUUCAUAAAAAAAAAAAAAGAUAAUCCAUCGUCAAUCUGAACGUUACUUCCGUGAUUUUCGCUAAACAUGGCAACCUAGUUCAGCCCCAUCAUCUGCUGACCGCCUCAGGGUUGCCAGAUUGGCGGCAAGCAGACACAAGCAGCAAUAAUAAUAAUAAUGGACCUUUCCGACCUGUCAAUCACUCGUACAGUCAUAGCCAAUCAGAUAGCCGCAUUGGCUUGACACGCCCCUGCCGCCAUGUUGUCCCACAACCAAUACUGGUUGUCAGUAGCGUGCGCUUGAAAAAGUUACCAUUCCGAAGGAAAUGGUCCUCAGAUGCGCUUAGGGGACAUGUAAUUUUGAUAAAAGAUAUCCUGCGAGGUGACCAGGGACCCGGUUGAUUGAUAUUCCAAGUUUGUAAUGUUUUAUGCCGGAGAGUCAGGGAUAGUGAUGCGUAAAUGCGCGGUUUCACGCAAGAGAAAUGUCUAUUUGCCCAUUUUUUAAAUCACAUCAGACUUUCAAGAAAGAGCACCGGCUUCGAUUACGAGCCAAGUCAAGACUACAAUGAUGGUACUCGUGAUCUUUCCAAGUAAAAAGUACUCAUCUUGCUUUACAUGCGCAGUACAUUCCACUUUUUUAUCCUGCUGGAUGGCGUUCUGCUCCGUCCAAAAUCCUAAUUCCGUGUACAUAUCCUCGCGUGAAAUAGCCGAAGUCCGACGCAUUUGGCAACAAAAACAUACCGCAAUAUUAUCUGGAAUACGCGAUAGAGAAUCGACUUCAAACCUGUUGUAGUUCGGUUGCCAUUUUGGAAGCGUGUGGAAGAUGGCAACGGUGGCUAAGGGGGCGGAGCUUAAGAUCGCCAGUCAGAAAGUUCCGUUCUACCCCCCCCCCCCCAAAAAAAAGCACACUAUAUCGAUAGUAUGACUGAUUUAGUGACAUAUUUUAAGUCAAGUCUUAUUAAUGUCGAGUCCGGGUCAACCCGAGUCUUUCAUAAAUUUAAGACAAGCAAGUUGCAAGUUGGACCACUCUUAUCUCAAGGCGCCACUGCAUUCACUUAGACAAGAGCGAUAGCGUGCCGAGCGAACGUCAGCGGGUGCGUUGAACGCUGUGCGGAGCCUUAAGGUGACAUCUGCCACCGGCCACCUCAUUAGGGACACCACGGUGUCAAAGCCGAGGUCAGGGGGCCACAUUUGGCCCGACUCGUCCUUUCACGUGGCCCGUGAAAGCAAUUCAUGUUUCUUGCCAAAUUACCAAAAACUGGAAAUUUGAAGAACAUUUCGGUAUUGCGAGCACUUCUUGUUACCAAUCCCCCUUCUAAAAUUAUUAAUAGUUUACUCGACUACUACUACUACUACCACUCGGCUACAAUACAAUUAUGACGAACAACUCGGUGUACCUAACGAAGUGUCCACAAGUGACAGUUGUCUCAAGUGAAAUGAUGCUUAGCAGUUGUUUGUGGUUACACACCGACCAUAUUUUGUUUUUCACUUUUUUUUUUUUGUUUAUGUUUUUGUGAUAUUGUCACUGUAAAUGCCCAUUGUCGUUAUUCUUAUUGUAUAGAUCAAAGUCAGACCAA